AGACCCCACUGCAGUCAAAAGCCCGCGGGGAGCCAGCUUCAAGGGACGGCCCGGAAAGACAGAACGCGCGCGGAAGGCGCCGGGCGUCCAGUCUCGGGAGAGGUUUGAGGCUGCGCUCAUGCCCACAGCCGGCAAUCCAGAGGAAUCCGCAGCUUUCUGCGUAACUACCAGAGGUAAGGUGGCACUGGACACAAACGUGAGGCUCCCAGGAACUACACCUCCGCUGCCCGAGUGCCAUCCCUUUUUACCUCAGGCAGCUCUGGCAAUCGUUCCUACCUGAAGAGCUGGCCCCUCCCCUCCGGACGCACUUCCCUUUCCCGGCAGGAAGAAGGGCGCUGACCCAGGGGGCGCACGCCCCUGGCUGCGCAUGCGUUAUUCGUCAACGGCGAGUGGCCUCGCGGCGCCGGAUUCGCCGCCCCGCCGUGAGUGCGCCUGCGCGGUCGCCGGGGCUCCCACCUCAGCUUCCCCUCCCCCUGGUCCCCGCGGGGGCUCCGAGCCCGGCGGGACCAUGUUCACCAGCACCGGCUCCAGUGGGCUCUACAAGGCGCCCCUGUCGAAGAGCCUUCUGCUGGUGCCCAGUGCCCUCUCCCUCCUGCUGGCCCUUCUCCUGCCUCAUUGCCAGAAGCUCUUUGUGUAUGACCUCCACGCAGUGAAGAAUGACUUCCAGAUUUGGAGGUUGAUAUGUGGAAGAAUAAUUUGCCUUGAUUUGAAAGAUACUUUCUGCAGUAGUCUGCUUAUUUAUAAUUUUAGGAUAUUUGAAAGAAGAUAUGGAAGCAGAAAAUUUGCGUCCUUUUUGCUGGGUUCCUGGGUUUUGUCAGCCUUAUUUGACUUUCUCCUCGUUGAAGCUAUGCAGUAUUCCUUUGGCAUCACUGCAGCUAGUAAUUUGCCUUCUGGAUUCCUGGCACCUGUGUUUGCUCUGUUUGUACCAUUUUACUGCUCCAUCCCAAGAGUUCAAGUGGCACAAAUUCUGGGCCCGUUGUCCAUCACAAACAAGACAUUGAUUUAUAUAUUGGGACUACAGCUUUUCACCUCUGGUUCCUACAUCUGGAUUGUAGCCAUAAGUGGACUUACUCCUGGCUUUAAGUGCUUCCUGUCUCCUCAGAAUGUUUCAUUGUAUGACAUUCAGUGCUCUAGAAUUAUUUCCGGUCUGUGCUACGACAGCAAAAUGUUCCAGGUGCAUCAGGUGCUCUGCAUCCCCAGCUGGAUGGCAAAAUUCUUUUCUUGGACACUUGAACCCAUCUUCUCUUCUUCAGAACCCACCAGUGAAGCCAGAAUUGGGAUGGGAGCCACGCUGGACAUCCAGAGACAGCAGAGGAUGGAGCUGCUGGAUCGGCAGCUGAUGUUCUCUCAGUUUGCACAAGGGAGGCGACAGAGACAGCAGCAGGGAGGAAUGAUCAAUUGGAACCGUCUUUUCCCUCCUUUACGUCAGCGACAAAAUGUAAACUAUCAGGGUGGUCAGCAGUCUGAGCCAGCAGUGCCUCCUCCUCUAGAAGUUUCCGAGGAACAGGUUGCCCGGCUCAUGGAGAUGGGAUUUUCCAGAGGUGAUGCUUUGGAAGCCCUCAGAGCUUCAAACAAUGACCUCAAUGUUGCCACCAACUUCCUGCUGCAGCACUGAUAGUCCCAGGCCAGCACUGGGACCAGACUGGCCACCAGACAGUGCAUGGUCCCACCAUCAGAUCAGCCUGGGGACCGAGCACCUCUGGUGCUGAUGUUCCUGUGGGGAGAGGGCGGUUCCACCGCACCCCCCACCCUCAACCCCAAGACUGUUGCCAUGAUAGCAUUGAAAUAAGUUUGCCAUUACAUUAGCAUGUAUUUUUUAUCUAUAUUUUUUUAUUGGGCAUUUUCCCUAGGUUGGAGAGUCAUUACUUGUUUUGAAUGUGUUUAAAAUGCAUUAAAAUGGAAGAUUUCUGCAGGCAGUUGAAUGGCACUCCAGAUGGGAAAUUGCUGUGACCCUCUUACUGUGUAACACGUCAUUUCCUGCGUCGUGAUGGGAGAGAGUAAUGUUAUUUCACAAAGGACGUGUCAGAUCCUUCUUCAUGGACUUUUUUAGUUACUGGUUUUUUGUUUUUUUUUUUUUUCUCUCAAACUUGUUUUCAAAUCUCCUGGGGGAUGAGGGAGAAACGGGGAGUUGAAUUUUCCCCCAUGCUGUUCCAGGCCAGUACCUUCUCCUGCAUCUGGUAACAAAGAAUGGUGAUAACCAUGUGCUGGUUCAAGGUUCUGGAGUUCUCCGUGAAACUGGGGUUAAUUUUGCUCAGAAUAUCCAGAGUUGGCUACUAGGCUGUGGGUGAAAUGGGAUGGAGAGGAAGAACACCAGGCUUUCUGAAGCCAUGUGGGCUGACUAGGGAGCUGUGUGGCUGACACAGGCUCAGCCCAGGAAGAGGAAAAAUGAUCCUUAGCCUGCCCCGUCCCUGUGGCAGGCUAAGUGUCUGGCCCUCCCAGCUCGCAGCUAGCCAGCCCCUCUGGCAGCAGAUUCUCCCCAGGGCUUGGAUCUUGAACCUGCGGCAGCAGGAGGCAAGGCACACUGUGGAGGACGGGGCUCAGGUCAGGGAGAGGAGAGGCAGGGGUAGACCACAGUGAGCAUGAAAAGUUGACUCUUGCAAUGUGCAACUGUUAUGUUCUGCAAAAUGAGCAGUGAUGUAUCAAAUUGAUGCAAAUUUAGAUGUUGAUAAUUAUAAUAAAGUUUUUAAUGUGUUUUA